CACGCACAAGCGAUUCACUCACACAACCGUCGAAAUCUUCGCUCUGCCCCACCAUCGCGAACCUCCCUCUCCCCCAGAACAUCACCCCUCAUAACGACCCCUCCUCUCCCUAUAAAUCAGCCAUAAUGAACGGUGAAGAUCCGCCUGAGAGGCCUAGCGAGAUCUCGUCCAUCAUCAACGGACUCGAACGAUACAACCCCGAGGCUGUCGGCGCCCUUGAGACCUAUCUCCAAGACCAAUGCGAGCAGAAAUUCACUGACUGCAACGCCAACCGAACACUGCUGAAACUAUACCAGCUCAACCCCGACCGUAUCAAGGAUGAGGUGAUCACCAACGUCUUGGUCAAGACAAUGACCCAGUUCCCCUCCGCACAGUUCUCUCUCGCUCUCCACCUCAUCAACCCCUCCGCUGCCGUCACUGGCGACCUCGGCGAAGCUAUCACCAAGCUCCGAUCCCUCAACGGUCAGCUCGAGGGUGCUCAGUACUCCCGUUUCUGGGCCGAUCUCGACGACGACAUGGUUGCCGAUUUGAUUGCCGACAUUCCUGACUUUGAGGACGUCGUUCGACACCGGAUCGCCCUUCUCGUCUCCCAGGCUUUCCGUGAGCUCCAGAUCACCCAUCUCGAGUCAUGGCUCGGUCUCAACGAGGAUGCCACCAAGAAGUUCGUUACCGAGGUUUGUGGUUGGACUGUCGAAAGUGACGGCAACGUCAAGGUUCCCUCAAACCCUGACAACGAGGCCAAGAAGGCUGAGAUCCGUGAGGACGUCAACGUCGAGCAGUUCUCCAGGGUAAUCCGACGGUCGUGGGAGGACACUGUUUGAGCUUUUUGAUGAGAGUUUUAGCGGAUCACAAGGGAUUUUUCGCGCACUUCCCCCACCAUCUGAUUGGAUUCGGACAUCACGAUUGAUGAUGCGGAGGGGUUAGGAAGGGCUCACAUGGUAGCAUGGCGGGGGUUACAAAAACUAGGCGUUUAAUCGGACAUGUUAUUGCAGAGCAAUCCAAGGAUCUAGAAAUGCAUAGAACUUUGCGAUUUACUACAUCGUAUCUGGCUCAUGUAGACCGACAAUGUGGCUUGAUUACAGUGCUUUUGAUUCGCUAUAUUUAUUUUCCAAAUUGUCCUGGUAUUUAUUUCCCCUUGGACAGCUCCUCCCAUUGCACGCCAGCCCAUUCUUCAAGGUAUCCAACCUCUCCAACUGGUGUUCCUCGAGGCGAGCAAUCUUUCUCACAUACACCAACAAUUAUCGUACCCCACUCCAUGCCCUCCAAACUCAUGUCGUCUGCCUCAAGCUCUGCAAUAGCGUUUGGUGUCAACUGCACCUCAAAAACUCGUCUCGCCGUACAGUUGGGGCACCGAGGGAUAGCACCCUUGUUCACAGCCUCACCAACAGCAUCCUUCUUUGAAUACAAGAGAGGAGUGCCUGCAAACUCAUAACGAAUAACUUGCUCAGGGUUUUGCGCCAGACGGUCUGCAAACUUCUGAAACGUAGCGUCCAUGCUCGACUCGAAAGCCUCGCGGUCCAGUAUAGAAGGUUCCGCGGCAUCAGCAUCUUCAAGACGGGCGUUGGUGGGAACAUUCGUGGGUGUCGGAUCCAGAGUUUCGAAAUCGGCGUCAGCUAGAUACAGAGUAGGAUAUGGCUGGGCCUGAGCAUCUUCGGCGGGCCAAGGCUCUGAAGGUUGAGGUGGCGACGCCGGUGUAUCCUUAAUAUUGAGAGACUCUGCGAAUGUUUUGCUGAGGGC